AUGGUAUGGGCAAUCAUACCUUUUAUUAAAGGGGAGUGCGUUUCAAAGGGAGACAUUGUUUUUCUACUGGACGAGUCCGGCAGUAUUGGAUCGCAAAACUUUGAACGAAUGAAGUCAUUUGUUAGCUCCUUCGUGGGUAACUUCAAAGUUGGAAGCAACGCAAAUCAAUUCAGUGUAGUCAACUUUGAGUCAUCUUCUAGAGAGAUAUUCCCCCUCAACAGAUAUCACACAGUGUCUAGUCUUCAAUCUGCCAUAUCUUCCAUUUCUUUCUCCAGCGGAGGAACAAGCAUAGGAAGUGCCCUAGAUUAUGCCCGGAUGUACUCUUUUAGUUCCGCCAGAGGAGCAAGAAGUGAUUCGGCAAAAAUUGCUGUUCUAAUCACCGAUGGACAAAGUUCCCUUUCCAACGAGCCCGAACAACUAAAAGCAAUAGGGGUCACGAUAUUUUGUGUCGGGGUAGGAACUGGAAUAAAUUCAGCUGUGCUCAGAUCAGUGGCUUCCCACAACGACUACACGUAUCUGACCACGUUUGAUUUAUUGUCAUUGUUGGCAAACGAAUUGUCAAAUGGAACCUGUGCUGAUGACAUAAACGAUUGUCUAAGUGAUCCAUGUUUAAAUGGCGGAACAUGUGAAGAUCAGUUUGGGAAAUACGUUUGUCACUGUCUGUCCGGAAACACAGAUCCAAAUUGCUACGUUCCGGGGGUACCAAUCAUAACUUUAGGAUCCAGUCUUACAGUAAGUGUUGGAUCGUCUGCUGUACUUACCUGCCAGGUCACAAGCACGACAACCGUGUCUUCUGUUACGUGGCAUUACCAGAAAAAUGGCGUCACGACCAAUAUCAACACUGGCAUUACAGCAAAAUAUAGCGGUGGCACUGCAGGGACACCUUCUCUUACCGUUAAAAACGUUCAAAUUGACGAUGUAGGAAACUAUAGAUGCUUGGCUCAAAACUCAGCAGGAAUAGGCCAAAGUGCAUCGAUGAUAUUUCUAGAUUUGCAACGAAGUUCUCCUACUAUAUCCACGGUAACCACACUUUACGCUGUCAAUGCUAACGAUAGCGUGUCCCUGUCUUGCAGUUUUUCCCCCAGUUACCCUCCGGUGGUUGGAGUUAUUUGGUACAAAGAUGAUGUAGCAAUCAAUCCGGAGCUGAAUGGCAAAUACUCUGGUGGAACAAUUCAUUCUCCAAACCUGAACAUAUCGAAUUUCCAGCGAGAAGAUCAAGGGACCUAUCACUUUUCAGUGUAUAAUCACUAUGGAUCCACGAAAAGCUCGAAUAUAUCCGUAUAUUUAUUUGAAGGGGAGUGCGUUUCAAAGGGAGACAUUGUUCUUCUACUGGACGAGUCCGGCAGUAUUGGAUCGCAAAACUUUGAACGAAUGAAGUCAUUCGUUAGCUCCUUCGUCGGAAACUUCAUAGUUGGAAGCAACGCAAAUCAAUUUAGCGUGGUCAACUUUGAGUCAUCUUCUAGAGAGAUAUUUCCACUCAACAGAUAUCACACAGUGUCUAGUCUUCAAUCUGCCAUAUCUUCCAUUUCUUUCUCCAGCGGCGGAACAAGCAUAGGAAGUGCUCUUGAUUAUGCCCGGAUGUACUCUUUUAGUUCCGCCAGAGGAGCAAGAAAUGAUUCGGCAAAAAUUGCUGUUCUAAUCACCGAUGGACAAAGUUCCCUUUCCAACGAGCCCGAACAACUAAAAGCAAUGGGGGUCACGAUAUUUUGUGUCGGGGUAGGAACUGGAAUAAAUUCUGCUGUGCUCAGAUCAGUGGCUACCCACAACGACUACACGUAUCUGACCACGUUUGAUUUAUUGUCAUUGUUGGCAAACGAAUUGUCAAAUGGAACCUGUGCUGAUGACAUAGAUGAUUGUCUAAGUGAUCCAUGUUUAAAUGGGGGAACAUGUGAAGAUCAAUUUGGGAAAUACGUUUGUCACUGUUUAGCUGGAAAUACAGAUCCAAAUUGCUACGUUCCGGGGGUACCAAGCAUAACUUUAGGAUCCAGUCUUACAGUAAGUGUUGGAUCGUCUGCUGUACUUACCUGCCAGGUCACAAGCACGACAACCGUGUCUUCUGUAACGUGGCAUUACCAGAAAAAUGGCGUCACAACCAAUAUCAACACUGGCAUUACAGCAAAAUAUAGCGGCGGCACUGUAGGGACACCUUCUCUUACCGUUAAAAACGUUCAAAUUGACGAUGUAGGAAACUAUAGAUGUUUGGCUCAAAACUCAGCAGGAAUAGGCCAAAGUGCAUCGAUGAUAUUUCUAGAUUUGCAACGAAGUUCUCCUACUAUAUCCACGGUAACCACACUUUACGCUGUCAAUGCUAACGAUAGCGUGUCCCUGUCUUGCAGUUUUUCCCCCAGUUACCCUCCGGUGGUUGGAGUUAUUUGGUACAAAGAUGAUGUAGCAAUCAAUCCGGGGCUGAAUGGCAAAUACUCUGGUGGAACAAUUCAUUCUCCAAACCUGAACAUAUCGAAUUUCCAGCGAGAAGAUCAAGGGACCUAUCACUUUUCAGUGUAUAAUCACUAUGGAUCCACGAAAAGCUCGAAUAUAUCCGUAUAUUUAUUUGAAGGGGAGUGCGUUUCAAAGGGAGACAUUGUUCUUCUACUGGACGAGUCCGGCAGUAUUGGAUCGCAAAACUUUGAACGAAUGAAGUCAUUCGUUAGCUCCUUCGUCGGAAACUUCAUAGUUGGAAGCAACGCAAAUCAAUUUAGCGUGGUCAACUUUGAGUCAUCUUCUAGAGAGAUAUUUCCACUCAACAGAUAUCACACAGUGUCUAGUCUUCAAUCUGCCAUAUCUUCCAUUUCUUUCUCCAGCGGCGGAACAAGCAUAGGAAGUGCUCUUGAUUAUGCCCGGAUGUACUCUUUUAGUUCCGCCAGAGGAGCAAGAAAUGAUUCGGCAAAAAUUGCUGUUCUAAUCACCGAUGGACAAAGUUCCCUUUCCAACGAGCCCGAACAACUAAAAGCAAUGGGGGUCACGAUAUUUUGUGUCGGGGUAGGAACUGGAAUAAAUUCUGCUGUGCUCAGAUCAGUGGCUACCCACAACGACUACACGUAUCUGACCACGUUUGAUUUAUUGUCAUUGUUGGCAAACGAAUUGUCAAAUGGAACCUGUGCUGAUGACAUAGAUGAUUGUCUAAGUGAUCCAUGUUUAAAUGGGGGAACAUGUGAAGAUCAAUUUGGGAAAUACGUUUGUCACUGUUUAGCUGGAAAUACAGAUCCAAAUUGCUACGUUCCGGGGGUACCAAGCAUAACUUUAGGAUCCAGUCUUACAGUAAGUGUUGGAUCGUCUGCUGUACUUAUCUGCCAGGUCACAAGCACGACAACCGUGUCUUCUGUUACGUGGCAUUACCAGAAAAAUGGCGUCACAACCAAUAUCAACACUGGCAUUACAGCAAAAUAUAGCGGCGGCACUGUAGGGACACCUUCUCUUACCGUUAAAAACGUUCAAAUUGACGAUGUAGGAAACUAUAGAUGUUUGGCUCAAAACUCAGCAGGAAUAGGCCAAAGUGCAUCGAUGAUAUUUCUAGAUUUGCAACGAAGUUCUCCUACUAUGUACAAUGUAACCACAAAUUACGCUGUCAACGCUAGCGAUAGCGUGUCCCUUUCUUGCAGUUUUUCCUCCAGUUACCCUCCUGUGAUUGAAGUUAUUUGGUACAAAGAUAAUGUAAAAAUCGAUCCUGUGCAGAAUGGCAAAUACUCUGGGGGAACAAUAAAUUCUCCAGAUCUCAACAUUACGAAUUUCCAGCGAGAAGAUCAAGGGACCUAUCACUGUUCAGUGUUUAAUCACUAUGGAUCCACGAAAAGCUCGGAUAUAACAGUCUAUUAUUUGGGAGAAUCUGGAUGUGAUCAGCUGAGCUGUGGAGGUCUAAGAGAAUGUGUAUAUCAUAACAACAAACCCACGUGUUCUGUGGUCACGUGGAAAGCAGCGGCUGUUGGUGUUGCUGGUGCUGUAGGGGCAGUUGCCACAGUUGGUGCUGGUGUUGCUGCGAUAAAGUCUCUGGCUGCUGCCAAGUCGGUAAGUCCACUGAACACGAACAGUCCUGGAAACUCUCAAACCCCAAACACAAAUUCAAAAGCGGAAAAUUCAAAGUCUGAAAAUGAAAAGAGUAAGCAGAAUAAGAAGGAUACGCAACAAAACAAUCAUGACAGUGAACAUGAUAUGCCUGAGCCCCAGUAUACGGGCCUUUGCCAAGGAGUGAUCUCUUCAAUGCCCCCGCCUGGAUAUUAGUUCACAAAGGUUAUCCCACCAGCUGUUACCAAAGGAAUAAAUACAAAUUUACUUACAACAGCACAGCUUUAUCAACAGGCUGAAGAAUGAUCGUAGUUACAUGUAUUUUAAGCUUAAUAAGCAGCUUGGGGAUGUUUAUUCUAUUUAGGAUACCUGUAUAAU